AUGACCACUAAAGUUUCAGCUAAAGGGGAUGUAUACAGCUUUGGAAUACUUCUACUGGAGAUGUUAACUAGAAAGGGGCCUACUAGUGAUGCCUUCAAAGAAGAAAUGAACCUCCACAAACUUGUUGAAAUGACACUUCCUACACGAAUUACUGAGAUAUUAGACCCAUACCCCUUGAUGGAAAUAGAAGAAGCAGGUGGCGCAGAUGUAUCAACAAAUGAAUCAAAAAUGAGAAUGCUAGAAUGCACUACUUCAGUACUUAGAGUUGGCAUUUUGUGCUCCAAGGAGUCACCAAAAGCUCGACCACAUAUGGAAGAUGCCAUGAAGGAACUAAUCAACAUCAAGGAUGCAUUUCUGAGGUUGGUUAUUUAA